AUGAAAGGCGACAACCACCAGCCGUCCCUCGCGGCGGCGGCGGAGCAGCUCUCCCCUUCGAGUCCGGUGCCCGGCUCCGAGAAGCAGCACCUCUCCUCCGACGAAGAGGUCUGCAAGCCCGCAACCUCGCUCGGCGCCGGCGCCAGCGAGUCGACGCGGCGCGGGCUCAAGUCGCGACACGCGCAAAUGAUUGCGCUGGGCGGCUCCAUCGGCACGGGACUCUUUGUCGGCUCCGGGCAGGGGCUCAAGAUGGGCGGGCCGGCCUUUUUGCUCGUCUGCUACUCCAUCAUCACGCUGCUGCUCUACGGCGUCGCCACGGGCGUCGGCGAGAUUAGCGCCUACCUGCCGGUGCGCGGCUCCGGCGUCGCCUACUACGGCCACCGCUUCGUGUCCCGCAGCCUGGGCUUCACGCUCGGCUGGCUGUACUGGUACAUCUUCUCGCUGGGCAUCGCCGGCGAAAUCACAAUCACCACCAUUGUCAUUCAGUACUGGGAGUCGCCCGUGCCGACGGCCGCCUGGUACACCAUCAUUGCCGUCGUCAUCAUCGCCUGCAACUUUUUCCCCGUGGCCAUUUACGGCGAGGCCGAGUUUUGGUUCGCCACGACCAAGAUCAUCGCCAUCAUCGGCCUGCUGCUGCUGACCGUCAUCAUCUUCUUUGGCGGCGGGCCGGCCCACGAGCCGCUCUACUUUACCAACUGGGCGCACCCGGGCCCCGUCAACACCUACCUCGUCGACGGCGGCGUCGGCCGCCUGUGCGCCUUUCUCGGCACCCUGACCUUUUCCGUCUACGCCUUCAUCUUUGCGCCCGAGAUGCUCGUCGCCACGGCCGGCGAGAUGCAGUCGCCGCGGCGCAACAUGCCCAAGGCCACCAAGCGCUACUUUUGGCGCCUCGUCAUCUUUUACCUGCUCGGCGUCCUGGCCAUUGGCAUCCUCGUCCGCAGCGACAAUGCCGGCCUGCUCUCCCCGGGCAACACGGCCGCCGCCUCGCCCUGGGCGCUCGGCAUCAAGGCCGCCGGCAUUCCCGUCCUCGACUCCAUCAUCAACGCCGUCAUCGUCCUCUCGGCCUGGUCCACCGGCAACUCGUUCCUCUACGUCGCCAGCCGCGCCCUCUACUCGCUGGCCCUCUCCGGCAACGCCCCGCGCAUCUUUGCCCGCUGCACCAAGCAUGGCAUCCCGCACUACGCCACCGCCCUCAGCGCCUGCUUUGCCGCGCUGGCGUACAUGAACCUCGGCAGCACGGGCUCCGUCGUCUUCAACUGGCUCGUCAACAUUGUCAACACGGGCGCCUUUCAGAGCUGGAUCUGCUGCUGCUUCAUCUACCUGCGCUUCUACAAGGCCGCAGAGCUGCAGAAUGUGACUGUUGCCAACGGCCAGCUUCCCUAUCGCUCGAGGUUCCAGCCAUACGCGGCUUGGAUCAGCGGCAUUGUCUUUUCUGUGCUGCUGCUGCUCAAUGGAUUCAAGGUGUUCGUCAAGGGAAACUGGGACACGCCAACGUUCAUCACAUCUUAUAUCGGCAUCGCCAUUUUCGCCGUAUUGUUUCUCGGGCACAAGUUUACCAUAGGACGCAAGGAUCCCUGGAUGGUACCGUUGCAUGAAAUGGACCUCUACACGGGGCUGGAAGAUGUCUUGGCGGCCGAGUUGCCUCCUCCGCCACCUAUCAAAUGGUGGCAAGUGUGGAGGAUCUUGUUCGAGUAG